AGUAUACAAAAUGAAUACGUUGCUGAUCGACUCACACAGCAAACACCACAAGAACACCAACCACUCGGAUUCUCUGUACUGUGAACGAAGACCACCACCAAACAAUAAACAAAAACCACAAGCGACAUUAUAGCGACAAGCAUUGAAAGAUUGUAAACACAACUUAGUAUGUAUGAAAUACUUCAAUAACUGGGGCGCAGAUUAAACCAAGCAAGAACAUUUAAUAGUUUGUAAGUUAGGCUCUACUAAAAAUCAGAUAAUGCCAGAUCAGAUCAGACUAACAAUCGAUAAGAGCGCGGCGAAAUAACGAGAACUGCAAUUUCAACAAGGGACAAACUUUUGGUCAAAACAAUAGCUAUACUUAUAGAGUGGAGCCUAAUAUAUAAAUACCUAAGCCUAGAUCUAACAUUUAAAGUUUUUACAAAACAAAAAAUGCGGAAUGAAACUGUAACAAGAUAGGAAUACUUGAAUUCAAAAGUGCAAAUAAUGCGGUAGCAGUUACGUUGACAGUGCUGAUAUUUUAUGUAUAUCUUUAGUUUACCCUCUUGUAUGCACACACAAUCAGACUCCGAACUUCUCCCCUCCCCGAGUCCAAGGCAUAUCACUCAAUGUCCUUUUAUUUAUGUACCUCCUACACUUAGCCUAACGAUAUUUAGUUGUACCUUAUCAUUUUUUUAAAAGCGUAACGAAAUUUGUUGAUUUCUUCAUGUUGAUUCUUCGAAUGGAAAAACGUCGCGAAGGAGGCCUGUUUUUCAUUGUAAUUUCGUAUUAAUUAACUUUAGAGCAAAGUGGUGUACGGGUAAUAUAAACAAGGUAACUCUUAUCCACCGUCCCCCGGUGAGAGGUGGCAACUACAUUUCAAUAUUUUACAAAGUAGUUUUAGUUUCGUCAAAAUCAACAAGCAAAAACAAACAAACAAUAUCAAUAUGUAACGUAUGCUUAAUAUUUGUACUAUAUCGAGGACACAGUUCAAGUUAACAUUAUGAUGAGUUGUUAUUUAUGCGGUGCGGGUGAGGACGAUCUUCUCUGAUUCCCCGGGCCGAACCUUAUUUAUACUUGUGUACAUCCUUUACAGAUCCUUUAAUUUAGAUUUAGUUACCAAGUUUGCAAGCUGUUUUGCCAAUCGUACAUAAUGUGAGCAUUAUAAAAUACAUAAUAUUUAAAUCUACAUGCUUAUAUUAAAUCAUUUACGGCACUUACAAAUUAGUUAAUAAUCCUCCAAAAAUGAAAAUACAAAAAAUAAAGUGAGGGAAUACCACAGCCCGCCAAAAUGUUAAAUUGAACUUUCAGAAAUUUCUAUGAACUAAAUUUAGUAUAGAAAUGCAAUAUAUACAAAAUUCAAUCUUUCAAACCUUCUAGACUUCAAAUAAUGACAUAUUAAUAAAAUAUUUGUAACUUUUAAAAACAUUGUUCUAUAUGUUUGGAAGAAAGAAACUUAAUUUUAUUAUUUUUUUACAGAAGCUUAUGUUUCGAUUUCGGUUCUUAAAUCCAGUACUCUAAUAAACUAAAUAUCUCAGCUGCGAAUAUUCUUUCAUAUUUAACUAGUCUUUUAACCGAGGCUUAUCAUAGUGGUAAAAACUAUACCUGAGAUAGAUAGCUUACUUAAGUACUGCAUUUAAAAAUAAACAACAUUUUGUGGGGCUGUGCAAUUAAAGUGGGGGCGUAUUUGUUGACUUCUUAAAUUGUAACUGUUCACUUUCCAUUUGUUUUUUGUAGUUUAUACACAAGGGAUUAAAAUUUUAAAUUUAUUUCUAAAUAUUUACUUAAAGCAACCCGAAGCAAAAAACAAACCAACCAAUUUUAGUUCUAAGCAAAAAACGAAAAUAAUCAAUGCAAAAGGAGUUCGCAAUCCGGGGCUCGAUAAGAGAUCGCCUAGACAGAACCAACAUUUACAUUAUAUAUUCAAUUAGUUUAAGCUGAAGCUGAAAUGUGUGCCGACAAUGAAUGCAUCUCGUAGUUGUAAAAUGAGCGAAAUAUUAUAUUCAACAAUAAUUUACUUUACCAACACAAUACAUGAGAAAUGUCCAAAGCUUUAACUACUCGCAAAAAAAGAAGCGGAAUAUUGACCGGAAAACCACUAAUCACUAAAUGAAAAUGCCAAUAAAAAGCUGUUAUCUCCCAUCCAAAACAAUGGGCUUUACGGUUGUCCCUAUAUACACGCGUAAAUAUGUAUAGAAAACUGGAAAACUCCAAUUUUCCCCAAGAAACUCACAGACACUAAAAUUUCAAUGGUUUCUUCAGUAUCGUGCAACUAAAAAAUGUUUAAGGAGAAGGUUGGAGAACUGGGAACGCCUUUAAUAUCAUUUUCAACCGAUGUUCUGCUCAGAGUCAAGGCCCAAAAUCAAGACAAAAUGCCGGGAUAUCCACAUGGGAACUUACAUUUUUAUCUGUCAAAAUUCAAUUGAGCUUUAAACUAAAGGUAGAUCGAGAAAAACAUAAAAAUAAAAACUUAAAAAAAACAAGGCAAGAAGAUAAGUAAGAAAAAUAAUUGGGGUCGCAUUGUUUUUACAUAUUACUUAUAAAUGUGCCGUUUAUAGAUGUCUACAAUUAUAUACAACAAAUAUAGAUAUAUACCUAGAUAUAUAAUCAGAUCUAAAUCGAAGCUAAACAGCAAUUUGCACAACUCUUCCUAAAGGAAAUAAAAAAAACAAAUCUAAAUCUAACAAUAAAAUUAUAUGCCACAAUUACCGAGAUUUCAAGAAGUGACGGACUAACUCCAAGCAAUUAUAAACGUUACAUUUGAAUAACUAACUUAUGAUAUGUGUGUACUCUAUACUCUUCCAAUUAGUCCUGAGUCCUACCCACUAAAACCCAGCCCACACGCGCGGUCCCCAUAGCCACACAACGUAUUGUUCCAAAUACGAAUCAGAUCGGACAACCCUUAGCUGAAAUUGGACUAGAAAAAUCAAUACGAUAAUACCACUUAUACGUGCGUUUAGAUUAAAGAGAUCAUCUGGUAUACAUCCCUUACUUUAAAAAUCAACCAAAAUGCCGGGUAAUUAAUCAAUAAAAUACAUAUUAUUAGUUCUAAUCUAAGCGAAGUAAACAAAAACAUCAACAUAUUGAUAAAAAUAAAAAGCAACGUGAGCAACGUAAUAUGGGAAAUCUGUAACUUUGGUGAUCUUUUUAAAUGUUAUUAGUAAAACAAAACAAAAAUCAAGUUUAAUGAGAAAUACAAAUCAAACCAGUUUUAAAUGUGACUUAAAUACGACGUAAACGACAUUUUUCCACAAAAUUAUAUAUGUGACAAAACAAAACCAAAAUCAGAGUUUGUGACAUAUGCAAUUUAAUGAAAGUUGAUGAUCUUUUCGAUAGAAUUAUGUAAAGCUGUCUAACAAGUAGUUAUAAGCGCUUCAAUACAAAUACCAUUUAACAAAAAUCGACAAACUCAAUUAAGUUAUAGAAAACACAAUUACAUUUAACAAAAAGUAUAUGUUUUAUACAAAUUACAUUUAUUUUUAUCAAGUUUAGCGGCUUUGUUUUAAAUUUGAGUUUUAAGCAUUAAAACCAAACCAACCAUUACAAAACAAAAUUAUUUCAGUUUGCUUUUAAAAUAAGAAAACAGCAUAUACAAUUCAUUUUUGUUCAAUAAAAAUAUAUUUAACUAAAAAUUCGACUUGCCUUUUGAAAUCAAGGCUAAAAUGCUAACAGUUGUGAGGAAAUCGCUGGGCAGCUUGAGCCUUCAGCUGCCGUUUAAUCUCCUGCCAAGGUACAAAUCAACCGACGAUGCCAAGACCGCUCUGAUCAUUCUGGCCCCGGGAGCCGAGGAAAUGGAGUUUACCAUCUCCGCGGAUGUUCUGCGGCGAGGAAAAAUCAACGUUACGGUGGCGGGCUUAUAUGACUGUGAGGCGGUUAAGUGCUCCAGGUCUGUGGUCAUUGUGCCGGAUACUUCUCUGGAGCUGGCCUUGACCCAGGGAAGUUAUGACGUAGUGGUCUUGCCUGGAGGAUUGGCCGGUAACAAGGCGUUGAUAAACUCGUCUGCUGUUGGUGAACUGCUGCGUUGCCAGGAAUCAAAAGGCGGACUGAUUGCUGCUAUCUGUGCUGCUCCCACUGCGCUGGCCAAGCAUGGGAUAGGAAAAGGAAAAUCUAUUACAUCGCAUCCAGAUUUAAAGCUUCAACUGAAGGAUCAUUAUUGCUAUAUAGACGACGAGACUGUGGUUCAGGAUGGAAAUCUCAUUACUAGUCGUGGUCCUGGUACAUCCUUUGAUUUUGCAUUAAAGAUUACCGAGCAGCUUUCUGGCGUUGAAGUGGCCAAGGAGGUAGCCAAGGCAAUGCUUUGGACAUAUAAAUCCUAAUUGGAGUUGUAUUAAAGUAUCAAUUUUUCCAUACGAUACUU